UUUAUUACAUUUGUACAAAUAAGCUCUGUUCUGUCUGUUACCAAACUCCAUGCAGUGUGGGUUUUGUCCAGAAGGGGGCUUCUUUUAAAAACAAGACCAGGGCCAGUUUUCAUCCAGGUCCCACACUUUCCAGUUCAAAAGCAUGUGAAGAGGUCCGGACCUGGCUGUAACCUAAGCUCAUCAUGGGUUUGUCUCUGUACCUCCUCAGCCUACUCUACCUGCAGACUACAGGCACCGCUCUGUGGUGCUAUGAUACCCAGUACUCUUGUGAGGAAUCAUGCAGAGACCCGAGUCGUUGGGCAGCUCAGUUCCCAAGCUGUAGAGGGCUCCGGCAGUCUCCCAUCAACAUUGUCACCAGUAAAGCCCACAGUAACUCUGCUCUGCCUCCUUUCAACUUCAUUGGACACAACAAACAAAUCAACGUCAGCCUGGAGAACACAGGGCACUCUGCCACUUUCAGCUUGCCUCAGUCUGUGCGGUUGUCCGGAGGGGGUCUGCCGGGAAACUACAGAGCGGCUAAUUUCCACUUCCACUGGGGCCGAGAGGGGAGCCCAGGGUCGGAACACACCAUAGACGGAGAGAGGCUGCCUAUGGAGAUGCACAUAGUCCACAUAAAGGAGCCGUACGGGUCUCUGGCUGAAGCUGAGCAUGACAUGGCUGGAAUAGCUCUGCUCGCUUUUCUAUUUCAGGAGUCAGCUGAAGACCAUCCACAUCUGGACACAGUGAUAGAGGCAUUGGGUCGUGUUCAAAAUAAUGGCAGCUCUACGGAGAUCAUGAACUUCAGACUGAGUGACAUUGUCCCAUCAGCGUCAGAGCUCCACAGUUACUAUAGAUAUGUGGGCUCCAUGACGACACCUGGCUGUGAACAAGAUGUGGCCUGGACUGUUUUUAAGAGGAUGCUUCCAAUCAGUAGUCGACAGUUGAAUGCCUUAGUCUUGAAGUGCCGUUUCUGGACAGGACAGCCCAUGAUUGACAACUUCAGACCCAUUCAGCCACUAGAUGGCAGAGUUGUCUACAAAUCUAACUCAGACUCACUUUUCCCAAGUCUGACCCUGCUCAUUUUGUCUUUUACUUCAUAUUUAGAAAUCUAG